AUGAAGGAUGAAGACAGGAUUAGUAAUUUACCUGAUACAAUUUUAUGUCACAUCUUGUCAUUCCUUUCUACAAAAGAAGUGGUUGGAAGCGCCAUUUUAUCUACCAGGUGGAGAUAUCUUUUUGCUUCAGUUUCAAAUCUAGAAGUGUUGUUUUUCUAUAAUACUAGUACUAGUAUGGACAAAUUUCGUCUGAGAUGUUGUCAAGCUGUAGAUUCUUCCAAUGUUUACGGCUGGAUAUCUGCUGCACCCUGGCGUGGGGUUCAACAUCUUGAUUUAACCAUCUCCUUUGGCAAGGAUAAGUUUAUGGCCACUCUGCCAGGUGUUAUGUUCAAUUGCGUGACAUUGGUGACUUUGAAACUGGAUAUUGAUUUCGUUUUGGAAGUUUCAAAACAUUUGAAAGACUUUUCUCCAGCUGCGUUAGUCUUGAAGAUAUGGUCAUGGAGAAAUAGAUCGACUAUUCUUCACUCCAAUUUUAAUGGCUUAAUUACCAAUUAUCGGAUAGUAAUUGAUGCCCCAUCUCUGGUGUACUUCAAAUGCACAGACAAUGUAGCAGCGGGUUAUUCAUUGGAGAAUAUGCAAUCUGUUGUCCACGCUGACAUUGAUUUUUGUUCUACAUGGAGAUGA